GCAAGUGGUACAUGAGGAAUUCGGAAUGCGCUUAAGCCUCCGGUAAAAUAUCGGCCUACCUCGAUCCCGGAGUGAGUUCGGGCUAAGGCUCCCGAUCCGGAAUACUCACACCUCCGCUCGAAAGAAUCGACAUCGGAUCCAGGACCCUGCCAUGCUCCGGCGGAUAAGUCGGCAUUCCGAGGUGCUCCACCAGCUACAGCGUCCAUUCCGGUCAUCGGCUUCUACGUCCGAUCCGGACCCUAGUGGGAAGCAUGAUAGAAUUCACAUGAAAGAGUUGAAGUUUUUCGUUGAUCAAGGAAGGAUCGGUGACGCCGUGCUGUAUUAUACUCGCGAUAUAAAGGCACCGAAAGCAAACAUGAUCUCGUACUUGAUAGAAGCUGCAGGCCAAACUGGGAAUUCGUAUGCGGCUUUCGGGCUGAUGAAAGACAUAGUAACACGGAAAAUUACUCCGAGUGCAGAGGUGCUGACGUCGUUGUUCAAUACCUGCGCCGAUAGCAAGAAGGACGCGAUCUUCCUACGCUCAAGUGUGAGACGUCUCUACAGACAGAUGGGCCCCGCUGGAUGGCCUGCGAAUGAGGAUACAUACCGUGCGAUGAUCAAAGCUUUUGCCCGUUUCGGAAGCACCCAGACUUGUUUCAAGCUUCUGGACGACCUGUUAGCCAAGGGUCUACCAAUCAAAGAAGAAACCUACAUUCAUUUGAUGAUGGCUUGUUCCCGCGACCCGUGGAUGGGUUUCAUGCACGCAGUCCGAGUCAUGCGCGCGAUACUGUGGAGUGAUAUGAAGCCGUCGGUGGAGUUAUACGACUACUUCUUGCUGGCCGUUCGCAAAUGCAGUUGUGGCGAUAAUGUAGACGUUCUGAACAUAUUGUUGAAUAAGUCGAUUCAAGCGAAGCCACGGGAAGCGAGUCCGUCCCAGCGAGUGCGACAAAUCACAGUUGGUGAUAAUCUGCUCGAUAGGGAACUAGACGGGAGCCUGGUCAUCUUUUCCAAGUUACCGGAAGGUGUAAGCCAGAGGCUCGCCCUGGUCGGUGGAGCUCAAGGGCUGCUGAAACAGAUGUCUGAUCUUGAGGUGAAUAAUUUCCAUACGCCGGUCGGCGGCUUCGUUGAAAUCUCGGGGUGCUCGGCGUGUUCCCUUCUUUUUCUUCCGAAAAUGAAGUAUUUCGGCUAAGAUACACACGAUAAGCGAAGGAACAUGUUAUUGUUCCCCUUUCUAGGUGGAACCCUCAUCGAAGACGUACACAACUCU